GGGAAGAAGGUGAAGCGGCAGGUGAAGGCGAAGCGGCGCGGUAAGGCCGAGGCCGAGGAGGCGCAGCCCGAGGAGGACGGGCUGGGGGAUGGCGACUUGGAGCCCCCCGUGCCCAAGAAGACGAAAAAAGCCAAGGAGAAGAGCAAUGGUUUGGCGGGAGAGAGCGAGGCGUCCCAGCACGCGGUGAAAUCAUCCCCCGCUGCGGGCGGCAGCGUGACAGCCCCGGCUGUCCAGAGCGGAGAGCAGGACAGCGAUGCCGAGGAGCUAACAGAAGAAGAAAAAGAAGGCGCCUUCUCUAAUUUUCCUCUCUCAGAAAACACUAUCAAACUUCUCACAGCUCGAGGUGUAAAAUACCUGUUCCCUGUGCAAGUGAGGACUUUCCAGCCCAUAUAUGAUGGCAAAGACGUAAUUGCUCAAGCUCGAACAGGAACUGGGAAAACCCUUUCCUUUGCUCUUCCACUGAUUGAAAAACUUCAGAGUGUCUCACAGGAUGGGAGAAGAGGCCGUGCACCAAAAGUGCUGGUUCUUGUUCCAACCAGGGAAUUGGCCAUUCAGGUAGCCAAAGACUUCAAGAAUUUCACAAAGAAACUGUCAAUUGCUUGUUUUUAUGGAGGAGCUUCAUAUAAAGAACAGCUUGAUCUCCUUAAAAGUGGCAUCGAUAUUCUGGUGGGAACCCCUGGCCGGAUCAAAGACCACAUUCAGAACAGCAAGCUGGAGCUUUCCAACGUGAAGCAUGUUGUGUUGGAUGAAGUGGAUCAUAUGUUAGACAUGGGCUUUGCUGAGCAAGUGGAAGAAAUCUUGGGAUCCUCCUACAAGAAAGGCUCCGAGAACAACCCGCAGACACUGCUGUUUUCUGCAACUUGUCCACGAUGGGUUUAUGAUGUGGCAAAAAAAUACAUGAGAGAUGAGUAUGAACAGAUUGACCUGAUUGGCAAGAAGACUCAAAGGACAGCCACAACUGUGGAACACUUGGCCAUCCAGUGUCGCUCAUCUCAGAGGGCAGGAGUUCUUGGGGACAUCAUUCAGGUCUACAGUGGCAGCCAUGGGCGGACCAUUGUGUUUUGUGAGACCAAAAGGGAAGCAAAUGAGUUGGCUAUGAAUGCUUCACUCAAACAGGAUGCCCAGUCCUUGCAUGGUGACAUUCCACAGAAGCAGAGAGAAAUUACAUUAAAAGGCUUCAGAAAUGGUGUUUUUGAAGUGCUGAUUGCAACAAAUGUAGCUGCCCGUGGCUUGGAUAUUCCUGAGGUUGACCUUGUUAUACAGUGCUCACCACCAAAAGAUGUUGACUCCUACAUCCACCGUUCGGGACGCACGGGUCGAGCUGGCCGCACCGGCAUCUGCAUUUGUUUGUUUCAGAGAAGAGAAGAAGAUCUUCUGAAACAAGUCGAGCACAAAGCGGGUAUUACCUUUAAGCGUGUAGGCGUUCCCUCUGCUACAGAUGUAAUUAAAGCUUCAAGUAGUGAUGCCAAAAAGUUGCUGGAGGCCGUUCCUCCCUCUGCGGUAGACUACUUCAGGAAAUCAGCUGAGGAGCUGAUAGAUGAGAAGGGGGCAGUGGCUGCCCUGGCUGCAGCCCUGGCACACAUUUCUGGGGCAGCUCACAUCCAGCAGCGCUCCCUGCUCAACUCAACAGCUGGCUUUGUGACCAUGGUGUUGAAGUGUUCAAUAGAGAUGCACACCAUGGGCUAUGCCUGGCGGGGGCUGAAGGAGCAGCUUGGGGAGGAAAUCGAUAACAAAGUGUCUGGAAUGCGUUUCCUCAAGGGGAAGAUGGGCGUGUGCUUUGAUAUCCCUGUUGAUGAACUGAAUAAUAUACAGGAGCAGUGGAGGGACACGCGGCGCUGGCAGCUGUCGGUGGCCAGCGAGCUGCCCGAGCUGGAGGAAUUCCCCCAGGAGGCGGCAGGACGAGGCUUCUCCAGGUUCGGAAAAAGCAGGCAAGGAGACUUCAAGAGAAACAGCUGGUUCAAGAAUGGAAAUCGGGGACUUUAACAGAGCGCUUGGUUAACCUCUGCUCCAGAUAAUAGGACUGAGCUGAAUUUUAUAAGACAGUAAAAGCCUGUUAGACACUC